GACUGCAGCGUCGUGCACAAACAAGUGGCCAUUUGACCGCCGGGUGGCAUACCGCUUGGGUUCGGGGUGGGGCGGCAGGAUGUUACAUGAUGUAGAGGACCAGAGAAUGGGGGGGAAGACGCGGCGAGCCAAGCUGGGCGGCGGCGACGCUUGCAGGGCUCUCUUGUCCUUCGAGGCGCCGAGCUGUUCGGAUCAGAGGCAGCGCGCCGGGGCAGCGCGAAGAGAGGCCGAAGAACGGUGGCGUGAAUGGGCAGACGCUCCCGGCAACGUGGGAAUUGGCUUGGGCGCCGAUCCAGUCGCGUGGUAUGGCACACCACCGUGGUCGAUGAGGCCAAAGGUCCCAGAUACGUGAAGAUAUUUGAUAAAUGAGGACGCUAGGUGGCUUUAAGAUAGAAUUCGUGUUGAAUAUUUUUCCAUUAUAAAUUUCAUGUGCAGAGGAACGUGUGAAUUAACUUCUUGAUGCAAAACAAUUUUGUGUAGAGAAUAAAAAUAUAACAUUUAUGAAAUUA